CUAGUUUGUUUAUGGAUACAACAGAGAUCUCCAAAGACAAUAUUGUUUCAACACCCAAAGAUGAGGAGGAGACAUGGGAUGAAGAAUUACAAGAAUUGGUUCAAACCCUCCCUAAAGAAAGAAACUGGAUUAAUGCAGAUCAUCUUUACUUCUACCAAGGUUUUUGGUGUCCAUCUGGUGCAUUGAAAGCAGUGAUUUCUUUCCAGAAACAUUUCCAAGCACAUGAUACUGAUAUUAUUGUCAUAAGUUUUCCGAAAUGUGGCACUACUUGGCUGAAGGCUUUGACUUUCUCAGUUGUGAACCGCAAUCAAUUCGCAAGGGAAGAAAAUCCCUUGUUCAGGUCAGGCCCUCACCAACUUAUUCGAUUCUUUGAGUAUGAUCUUUACUUGGAGAACCCUUCUCCGGAUCUGGAAAAUAGCUCUCUUUAUCCACCAAGACUUUUCUCCACCCACGUGCCUUAUCCUUCUUUGCCACCUUCCAUGAAAGAUUCCAACUCUAAGAUCGUCUACAUAUGUAGGAAUCCGAUGGAUAUGUUCAUCUCUCUCUGGUUUUUCACUGAUAAGCUUCGAGUUGAAAAUUCAGAGCCUUUAUCACUAGAUGAAGCUUUCGAGUUGUUCUGCCAUGGAACAUUUGGUUGUGGACCAUUUUUUGAUCAUGUAUUAGGGUAUUGGAAAGCAAGCCAAGAGAAUCCCAACAAAAUAUUGUUUUUACAGUAUGAAAAUCUGAAAGAAGACAUCAUUUCCCAGCUUAAAAAGUUGGCCAUGUUCUUGGGGUUUCCUUUCUCAGAGGAGGAAGAGAAACAUGGAGUGGUUGAAGAAAUUGCAGAAACUUGUAGCUUUGCGAACUUGAAAGAAUUGGCUGUGAACAAGAAUGGCGUACACACUUUCGGGUUUCCACACAACACCUUGUUCAGGAAAGCAGAAGUGGGAGAUUGGAGCAAUUAUUUCACACCUGCAAUGGUAGAACGUUUGGAGAAGCUUAUUCAGGAGAAUUUCGACAAGUCAGGUUUAACAUUUAAAUUAUCUUCCCAAUCUCCAAAGGAUGCUUGUGCAUGAUGGGCGUCUUUCAGCUUAGUUAAUGUUGAUCUUUUUUAUUAAGCAACAAGAAAUUUCUGGGUUUUACUUUGUAAAUCUUUUUCGAAUUGAUUUAAGUUGGAUUCUUUGCGAACUUGAAAGAAUUGGCAGUGAACAAGAAUGGCGUACACACUUUCCGGGUCCACACAACACCUUGUUCAGGAAAGAAGAAGUGGGAGAUUGGAGCAAUUAUCUCACACCUGCAAUGGUAGAACGUUUUGAGAAGCUUAUUCAAGAGAAUUUCGGCAAGUCAGGUUUAACAUUUAAACUAUCUUCCCAAUCUCCAAAGGAUGUUUGUGCAUGAUGGGCGUCUUUCAGCUUAGUUAAUGUUGAUCUUUCUUGUUAAGCAGCAAGAAAUUUCUGGGUUUUACUAAGUAUAUCUUUUCAAUUGAUCUAUGUCCGAUAC